CUUCCGUAGUUCAGUCACGUGAACGCAUUUCUGUUUGUCAUGACUGAAACGUAAACAAACAGACGAUGUAGCUUAAUAUUCUGCGGUUUAACGUCGUUGCUUUCUGUUUAUCGAGGUACUACGUGGAUGGGGAAGGUUGUUCUGUGUCAGAAUCCUCCAUAAAGGUCAGAAACAUCGCGUCGAUCGAGAAAUCGUCAGUUUUUGGUGCAGCGCGUAAACCAAAACUGGACGUUUCCGCUCACAAAAUCAAGCAGAUUCCUGGUUUUUGGUUGUUUUCUGGGUCUAAAGUAUCAAAUCAUGCUUCGGUGGUUUCUGGGAGGCCGAGAAGCGCAGAGCUCAGUGGAAAGAAGCGGCGUGCUGAGCAUCGGAGAGGAACAGCCCAGAAACUGCUUCACUGAGCUGCAGGUGCUCAAAGGACAUUUUGACAUCGUUCGAUUUCUGGUGCAGAUUGAUGACUUCAGGUGUGCGUCUGCGGGGGAUGACGGUCUGGUCUUCGUCUGGAACAUCGAGACCGGCGAAAGGCUGCAGGAGCUGAGAGGCCACACCCAGCAAAUCACCGCCAUUAUCACCUUCGCCUGUGAGGCCGCCGCCCACACGGGGCUCAUCACCGCCUCCUCUGACCGCAGCGUCAGCCUGUGGGAUCCAGACUCCGGAAACAGAGUCCAGACGGUGUCGGACCUGCAGUCCUCGGUGAAGUGUCUGCUGGGGCUGGAGCGUCUGUGCUUGUGGGUGUCCGGCGGGGAGGAGUUGUGUGUUUGGAGCAAAGACUUCCAGCUGCGGUGCCUCCAACAGACACACGGCGACAGCGGAGUAACCACUCUGAUCGAGCUGCCCAAGAACCACCUGGCAGCGGCGGUGGACAGAGAGAUCGUCAUCUACAGGCUAACGUUUUCCGACGACUCUGACGUGUCGCUCACAAAGAUCCGCUGUCUGUCGGACCACCGAGACCAGAUCAGAGCUCUCAUCAAUGUCAAUGACCGCCUCUUCGCCAGCGGCUCCCACGCCGGCGAGUUGAUCUUGUGGGACGCGGUUGAUUGGAACGCCCUGAAGUACCAGCACAUCCUGUGGGAGGAGUCACAAACGGGCGUCCAGAGCGAGAGCCGGCUGAAAGCUCUGCGGCCCAGCGAGAUGUCCAUCCAGCACCUGACCACCAACGGACAGCUGAUCCUGGCGGCGGUGGGCAGCGGCCUGUACGUGUACGACCUGCAGAGCCAAUCAGUGGCGGCCUACAGGAAAGCCGCGCACGACUCCAACGUGCUGCACACCAUGCUGCUGUCUGACAGCGAGUUGAUGUCGUGCUCUGAGGACGGCAGUGUGAGGAUGUGGGAGAUCCAGGACUUACCUUUACCUGCCGAGCCCGCCUCUGCAGGCUUCUUCGGGAAUUGGACGUUUGGCCGCUCCAGCAAACAGUCCGCUCCUCCGUCCAAGAAGGCGACGGACUUCCCCAACACGCGGAAACUGGAGCUGAUCGGAGAUCUGAUCGGACACUCGGGAGCCGUCCAGAUGUUCGUUGGCUUUGGCGAGGACGGCCUGGUGACGUGCUCCGCUGACCACCUGCUGAUUCUGUGGAAGAACGGCGAGAGGCAGUCACGGCUGCGCAGCCAAGCGCUCUUCCAGAAGCUGGAGGAGAACGGCGGACUGUGACGGCUUUCAGGCGCCGGAAUCUGGACGGUCUGUUACGUUCUACAACGUCUACCUGUUGGCUGAGACGUCGCCAUCAAACUGGUUAUUUUAGCGCCGUGUUUGAAAUGUUUUUUGGUCAAAUCAUUUCCUGUUUUGCUGUAACAGAUGAUCAGAUUUGCACUAAAGUUCCUUGAUGCCGAUAAUAUUUAUGAAGGAAUAAAAAAUGUGGAUUUUAUUUUUGGUUUUACGUGGUGAAACUGUUCCUAAAAUAAAUCAUGACUUAUCUUGAA